GCGUUUCUCAUUCGUUUCCGCUCGCUUUUAACGGCAGCAAUGGCGGCGGUCGGUGCUGCGGAUCAGGGGGACGUGACGCUCAACUUCACCCUGAAGGAGCUGCAGUUGUCCGGCCGGAGCGGAGACGCCGCGCCGGGCGGCUCGUCCGCCGUGGAGCUGCGGAGCAAGAAGCUGGUGUGCGUGGAAUAUCCCGCGAUGGUGACCAGCGUGGAGAGGAUGCUGGAGACGCUGGGAGGAGAACACACGGUGGCGAAAACGUUCAGUGACCCCAGCAGGCGACUGGAGAUGCGUUUCCGACCCCGUGACCCCUUCUGCCACGCUAUGUGUGGAAACCGGCUCCCGUCGAGCAACCUCCUCCUCAGGGUGCGACGGCGGGUCCGAAAAAAAGACCCCAAAGACGCUCAGAUCCAGAUGGACAUCCUGGGAAUCAUCGGAACGACGUACAAGUUCCAGGGGAUGGCCGACUUCCAGUGCCUUGCUGUGGAUUCCCAGAACGGGAAAAGCGUGUCUCUCUACGACAAAAUCAUCCUCCGUAAAGCGGAGAAUCAAGCCUUCUUCGCGCAGGACGUUCCUUACUUCCUGCCCCCGGCCAUUUUCUCACGCCUCGACAGUCCGGUGGAUUACUUCUACCGACCCGACGCCGUUCAGAAGCUGACGUCGUCGCUCCCUCUGCCCAUCAGUAAGAACUUCAUCGGUUUGAACCGCGCCCGGCGGCCUCACAACGCCAUCUUCAUCAGCUUCACGGACCCGGCCGUUCCCACCGAGUGCCUGGAGGCGGCGCGGGUCAACUGGGGUCGGCUGUGCCUGAAGGAGCAUGACCAGCAGAGCGAGGAGAAGGUCAAGAAGAUGUUUGAGAGUCGACCCAUCUGGUCCCGCAACGCCCUCAAGGCCAACCUGGACCUCCACCCGGAGAAGCUCAAGCUGUUGCUGCCCGUCUACGCCUACUACAUGGUGACCGGACCCUGGAGGAGCCUGUGGGUUCGGCUCGGUUACGACCCCAGAAAGACCACCGAGUCCAAGAAAUACCAGAUGCUGGACUUCAGGAUCCGGGUCAGCUCCAAAUACGGCUGCACUCCACCCAACAUCCCGGUGAAAGCCAAGAGGAGCACGCUGAGCUACAGCCUGCCGACCACGCUCAACAAAACAGUUCCUCCGGCUGCCAGCCUGAUGGAUAUUCCCGCCCCAGAAGGUCCCGGUACCAGCCGCGACCCGCCUCCCGUCUCCUACCAGCUGAAGGAGUCUGCUUACGUGUUCAGAGACGGCUUGCUGCCUCCACACAGGCAGAUGUUCUACCAGCUGUGUGAUUUGGACGUGGACAGCAUCAAAGAGGCGAUAAGCCAGAACGACGGCGAGGAGCGGGAGUGUGACGAGCGCGACGGCUGGUGUGUCGUCGGCACCACGGACAAACUGAGAGACAUUAUCUCCACGAUGAUAAAGAAGGUGGUCAGGGAGAAGAAACCAGAAAAUCAUGACAGGCUCCCAAAAAGACGACGGAAAGGACUUUUAAAAUACAAGAUGAAAGACCCAAAAGGAGAGGAUGAGGAAGAGGACGAUGAAGAAGCAGAGGCAAAGGAGGGUGACAACAAAGAAGAUGAAGAGGAAAACGAGGAUGAGGAGUUUCAGCCUUCAGAAGGAAGUGAAAAUGAGAUGGAGACAGAAAUCCUGGAUUAUAUGUGACGAAAUAAUCUGGAGUCAUUUAUGUAAAAAGUUUGGGUUUUUUGUUAAAUGUAAAUAAAGAAAUCCGUUUCUUCUA